GAGUGCGAUCAGAGAACCCGCAAAACCGCGUGAAAAGUAAGGGAAAAGAUGGGAAAACCCCUUUUCCAGACAGACAACUUCCGGAAAAAGCCACCCAUGUGACUGUUCUCACCUCAUCCUCGCCCCGCAUUCAUGUCCUCCCACCUCCCCCCGACCGUCAGCCGACGCUUGAAAGGUAUAUAUAACCCCCAUUCCUUAGUCUUCCCUCGAUCUCUCUCUCUCUCUCUCUCUCUCUCUUCCUCUUCACUCCAUAAUUGCAGAUCCAAUCUAAGCUCUCUUCAGUCCAAGCGGGCUAGAGAGCUCGAAGCGUCGGAAAUGGGGCAGCGCGUGUACUUCAAUUGCAGAAGGGUUGCUCUUGCUCUUCUCUGCUUUGCUAUCGUUUUCAUGGGUUCCUUCGUUUUCCUCUGUGCUGGCGCUAGCUCGGAGUCUCAGAUUCGGAGCAAGCAGUUUGUGGGUAUUGCGAGAAGAAGAUUGCUGGAGGUUCGAGAAGUAGAUGGCGACGAUGAUCAAAUCAUCGCACCCAAAAAGAAAGCCAAGCUAACCACACUCACUACUACCACAGAGAAAUCCAAGAGCCAAACCAACCUCGCUAAAUCCAGUCUGUCCACCAAAAACCAGACCAAGCUGAUGAAACCCAAAUCAAAUUUCUCCUUCAAGAACCAAACCAAGCCUCUCAAACCCACAAAUUCGACCAAAAAAGCAUCGCCCACGUCCACCGUUCUUGAUAAAUCCGAGCUCAAGAAGCUCAACUCCACCUUGAAGCUCAAGAAGCUGAACGCGACCUCGAAAGCCUCCAAUUCAACCAAAAGCGCCUUUUCUUCGGCCAAGAAAAGCUCAGAUCUGGGGAAACUAACCUCGCCCAAGAACAAAACCAAAGAGUCCCAGCUCCAACUCGACAAGAAGCUCACUCAGUCCGACACCAAGAAACAGAGCAAAAAGAAAGACUCCACCGACCAAGAACCCAAGAUCCCAAAGACCCAGAAGCCGAAACAGCCGAACUGGCUCGAACAAGAUGAGGACGACGAUCUGGUAUCCGAGUUCCGAGAUCUGCCCAACAAGUUCCAGCAGACCCUCAUCCCCGACCUCGAGCGAAUCUCCACCACCUCCAAGGCCUACCUAACCCAAGCCAACAAGCAGAUGACCAAGGGCUUCAAGCCCUACGUGGGCAACAAGUACGCGCCCACCAUCGCGACCCUCGUCUCGUGCGCUUUCAUCUUGAUCCCUCUCAUCCUCGUCUCCCUCGUCUUCAAUCGCAUCAAGGCCUAUUUCUCCCUCCAGAAGCUCCUCAUCUUCAUCCAGGUCUACCUCUCCAUCUACUUCUCGAUCCUCUGCCUCUCCUCGCUGGCCACCGGGCUCGAGCCCCUGCGAUUCUUCUACGCCACUUCGCAGUCCACGUACGUGUGCAUACAGAUUUUCCAGACGUUUGGGUACGUCCUGUAUCUGCUGCUGCUGCUGAUGUACCUGGUGCUUGUUUUCUCGACCGACACCGGGCUGGCUUUGAAGUUCCUGGGGUUGGUUCAGACCUUCGUGGGCUUCGCCGUCGGGCUGCAUUACUACGUCGCGGUGUUCCACAGGAUGGUGCUCCAUCAGCCGCCGCGGACCAACUGGAAGGUCCACGGGGUCUACGCCGCGUGCUUCCUUGCGAUCUGCUUGAUCGCGAGGGCCGAGCGGAGGAAGAAGGCUUACAUGGAAGAUGGUGGCGAGGAGGGCAAGAAGAGUUAAAGCACAAACACAAGUGAAUUCUUUGCUUCAUAAUCCGGCGGCUCCAAAGGAGCGGAACUUGCAAUCAAAUGAAUUUGGUGCAAGAAACGGUACAGAAAGCUACGAUGGGAUUCUUCAUGUCCUCUUUCCAUAUUUAAUUACUGAAGUUAUUCUAAUUUUUUGCCCACCUCCCAAGAUUAAAUGGGAAUAAUGCAGUAUUAGUGUUCCUAUUUGAAAUAAUGAGCAUUGUUCUGCAAAAUGUUGGCCAAGCAACUUUGGUGUAAUUCUGUAAUUGAAGUGAUUAUUUUGCAUGAUACCACUUCGGGCAAAGAACGAUCAUGGUAUCAUUGCUUUGCUUCGGAGAAAGAGAAGGAAGCGAGAUUGAAGCGAGAUUGUAUCUUCUAUUCAAAUAUUCAUAGCCCUCUUUUAGUCGAUA